CAAAAUUGAGCUUACACGGCCCGCUCAAACAAGAACCUAUCCUGAACUGAACAUCAGCUAAAUCCAGUUUAUCCAGCCGUGAUAAAUUUGACGUAGAGAGAUGGAAGGAACAGCCCCUAAGAUCGCUAAGAACGCUUGUUCAGGACGCCAUCUUGAGGAUGAGUUGGAAUGUGAUGAUAAUCAGUCGGCCAAAUGCAACACAUUCAAACACUUUGAAGAAAUGAUAGAUCAGAUUCAGCUAUGCAAAGUGAAAAUGGCUACAGGGUCUUUCAAAGCUGCGUAUAAGCACCUCCUGAACCUAAAUCCAUCUAGCUUCGGAAACCCAACUGAUUACGAGAAGGAGCUGGUGAAUCGAGGUAGAGAGAUGUGUUUGAGUCAAAGCCCCGGUCCUCCUUUCUUUGGUGCGGUUUUGCUAAACA